CCAGAUGACAAGGACGGCCUUGCUUCUGCCCUCUUUCCCCCCCUUUCAGCCUCGACAUAUAUAAGACACCAAGCGCCUCGCCCCUUUGCCUGUGUCCAAGAUGAUUGCCCCACUCCUCGCUCGCAACUGUCUGCGUCCAGCCACUGCCACUGCCGCUUCUGCUGUCUUCCCCGCAGCCUCGACUCUCCCAAUCGUAGCACAUCGCUCCCUCUCCUCCACAUCUACCGCCAUGUCCUCUUCUUCAGGCACCUUUACUGCUUCCCAGCACAAGCCUCCCAUCUUGGCUGAGCUAAAGAGCCCCAUCUUUGCCACUCUGCACGAGGCAAAGGGUAAGAAGGGACUCACUUUUGAACAAGUCGCAAAGGGCAUUGGAAGGAAUGAACUCUACACUGCUGCCAUCUUCUACGGCCAGGCCAAGCCAGACAAGGCCGAUGUCGAGGCGCUAUCGAAGCUGCUUGACAUCAGGCACGAGUACCUCAUCGAGGCUCUUGGACCCGACUACUUCCCGUACAGGGGACUUGGAGAGUGGCCCCCGAAGGACCCGGUGCUCUACCGUCUUCACGAGGCCGUUAUGGUCUACGGCUACCCCAUCAAGCACAUUGUCCACGAAAAGAUGCAAAAGGACGGAAUCAUCUCUGCCAUUGACUUUACUGGUGAUGUGGAGCGCAUCAGCGAUCCAAAGGGAGACCGGAUCAGGAUGACCCUUGAGGGAAAGUUCCUGGAGUACAAGAGGUGGUGAGAGGGGGAGGUAGACUGAAACGAAGUGGCGUGAGGGGUUUGCAUUGCUCGUUAGUGGCAGCCAGGGAGGGAUGCGUGGGCUGCGAGGCUCCUCGGAACACUCUUCUUCUCUGGCCGAUGGGCACUAGAGCCGCUUUUACAUGCAAUUCUCGUUCUGAUUGACCUUCGGACCAUCAGCGCAGAAAUGACAUGUAAUUGCAGAGUAGCUACGAGUCCUUUGCUUUGACAUGAAGCGUGCGUCUUUCAUUCAUUUCCCCCCAUUCUACGCCUGAGACACACCCUUCCUCUGCUACUCCAACGGCACUCCGACUUGUCCUUCACAAUGUCCCUCUCACUGCUUCCUAUUAUGUCGCCUCUGCUUCCCCACACCUCACGCUUUUCCCACAACCACCUACUUGGCGCCCUUACCUCCACCAAUGGCUGCACUCUUGACUCCCUUCUUCUCCUUCUUCUGCUCAAUCUCCACCCUCUG